UUUACAAUUACUGAAAGAAGAAUACAAAGAGCCUCCUUCCCUAUUGAAGAAAAAUCCCAGUUAUCAUUUCAGAUUGUUUAGGGUUUGGUGGAAAGAUGCUGAUUCGACUUAGCAAGCCAUCAUCAGAAACUGGUGGCGGCGGUGCUGCUGGUGGUGGAGGAGGGGCGGUCGUGAAACCCUUAACGGCAGAAACAGUGACGGUUGCUUGCCCAGACCACCUUGUACUUGCUGAUCUUCCCGUAGCAAAAGGCAUUGGGAGUGCAACCGCUGCUACCAUUGUCAAGACUGUGGGCCGCAGAUCGCGGCGUCAGCUUGGCGAGCGAGUCCAUUUUUGCGUCCGCUGUGAUUUCCCAAUUGCCAUCUACGGUCGCCUGAGUCCUUGCGAGCAUGCUUUCUGUCUUGAUUGUGCUAGGAGCGAUUCAAUAUGCUAUCUUUGUGAUGAACGUAUUCAGAAGAUUCAGACAAUCAAAAUGAUGGAGGGGAUCUUCAUCUGUGCAGCUCCUCAUUGUCUUAAAUCUUUCCUGAAGAGUUCUGAGUUUGAAGCUCAUAUUCAUGAUAGCCAUGCUGACCUUUUGCAACCAAAUGCAGUGAAAGAUGAGGGCAACGAGUAUGAAGUUCAGAGUACUAAACAACCAACAGCAUCAGAUUCCACUGUUCGAGCUCCUCCAAGGCCAGUUAUUUCACCUGGUUCAAGUUCUCAGCUUCUUGAUUUUGAAGAAAAAGCUCGUCGGCAGCAGCCUAGAGAACCACUACAAAGGCCAAUGAUGUCAAAACCACCAUAUUUUGGGCAAGCCCAAAAUUACCUAUCGGAGCCUCAGCUAAAUAAUAACCAUCCUCCAGGGUUUGACCGACCUGUCCAACAGAGUCAUUUUCAACAGAUCACACAGGGUCAUCCACAGCAAGAAUCCAGCCAGUUUGCAGACAAGCAACAGGGAAUGGUAUCUGAGACCCCCAUGCCUGAAUACCCGCCUAUGCAUUCCAUUCAACCAUCAAACUUUGUUGUGCCAAUGAAUUCGAAUCCUCUAUUAACUCCUCAAUUUGGUCUUCCUCCUUUCCAAACUGAGGGAGCUCAGCCAUUCUAUGUUGCACCCUAUGAGAUGGGUCAGAUGGCCAGGCCAGAUUCAGCACCAGAUGGUGGAGCAGAACAAGGGUCUUUGUUGGGCUUCCCACCAGGCCCAGCAGGUGGUAUGAAUUUCAUGGCAAAUUAUUCUCAGCCCUGGAAUUCUGGACCAGCACCAGGGAGCCAGGGAAUUCCUGAUGCUUUUGCAAACUCGUCAGAUUCUCAGGGAAAUAUUGCAUUUUAUCAAGGAGACUAUGGGCGAAAUCCAGGAAUUCUACCAAUGGUCCCUCCUCCCCCACCCACUUCCAACAAGGGGAUGGAAGCUAUACAUGCUGGUAAUAUGGAUCAUCGAGAUGGCAAAGGUAUAUUGGCACCACAGCCCUUUAAACAUCCACCACCACCUCCGCCCCCCUUGCCUCAUGCGUCACAGUCCAAACGGGGUAAAUAUUAUUCUGGGGAUAUGGGCCAUGAGGGGCCUGAUUUUGGAUGGCAGCAUGAGAACCGGGAUGGUUUUGGAAGUGGGCAGGAGUAGAGAAAUUGCAUUGUUUUGCUGCUGUACCUUGUAUUGAAUUUUAGGGAACUCUUGCUUGGACCAGCUAUAUGCCUAUAUAUCCUACCAGUUUUUGCUUCAUCCCCUGCCUGUACUUGUUUUUCUCUAUUAUGGGCGUUAUUUAUGU